AUGUCUUCUCGAGGCUUUAAUUUCAGAAUGUUCGAUAUCCUCCGAACACUACUGGUUAAGCCUAUGCAAAUUAUAGGAGAGACAGGGUUCAGAUGCAGACGACAGAAAUCUAUAUCUUCUGCAUGGGAUGUCAGAUACUAUCAGAGUGCAUGCCACAUCAGUCAGAGCAUGAGCAACUGGAAGAAAGAUCACAGACUAGUGGAGUUGGAGAAGUCCAAGGAAGCAGUAAAGGAACAGAAUAUUGGUGAAACCAUGAAUGUGAAGAUAGCUUAUUGUGGCGGACGUAAAGCUUGCGAAAACAGAAUUUUCUGCCACCCCCUGAAAAGUAGUAGCAAAACACCGCAAAAAUAA